AAUACCAUAAAAAACUUAACACAUGUUCGGCAGUUUUGUUUUGUAAAUAAUCAUAACGUUAAACAAAAUAACUUUAUAGGAACCAAAUAAGUAAUUAUGUUGGCGCCAAUUAAGCAUUUAUUAGGUAACUACCGAAUUGUUUUGGCAAGCGGCUCUCCGAGAAGGCAGGAACUGGUAAAAAUGUUGGGUCUCAAUGCAGAAUUGUGUCCCUCAACAUUUGAGGAGAACCUAAACCUCGAAGACUUCAAGGAGUUCUCAGACUACAUUGAGGCCACUGCUCUGGGAAAAGCGGAAGAAGUGUUCUCGAGAUUGAGUUCCUCUGGGGACUCAAAGAACCUUAUUGUCAUCGCUGCGGACACUAUGGUCACCUUGGGAAAGGAGAUCUAUGGAAAACCCAAGGAUGCUGCCGAUGCAGUUCGCGUGUUGACCAACUUGUCUGGAACCUCAAACCGCGUUUUUAGCGGCGUUAUCCUGAAACACGCCAACGGAAUUCGCAAAUUUACGGAUACGGCAGACGUGUAUUUUGGUGAACUGCUGCCAGAGCAAAUUCAAAGUUAUGUGGACUCAGGCGAUCCCCUAGAUAAAGCUGGAGCUUAUGGCGUUCAAGGACCUGGUGGCGCUCUGAUCCAUCGAAUCGAUGGGGAUUUUUACAGUGUGAUGGGACUACCGCUGCACCGCCUUUGCUGUGAAUUAAAUAAACUUUUUCUGGAGGAUCUCUCCUCGUAAACUAGGUGUCAACGUUGCGCCCAUCAAGACCAAACUAUCUGGAGUUAAUGCGGCAACAAGCGUCAGAGGCUACAACGCUCUGGUGAUUUUAAUCUUGGUUGAUAAGCGGCUAUAUCUCUCCGACGCUGAGGGCUUGUUUGUUUUUUUUUUUUUUUUUUUUUUAGCCCAAGUCAAUUAAAAAUAAAAAUCAAGUAACUGCGAGCAGAAAUUAAAUUGUUAACGAGAGAACGAGGCACCGUGGUCUAUAAGAUGAGAACUUAACCCAAAACUACUUAGGUUCCAAAGUGAAUUUUACUUUUAUUAAUCUACUGAUUAUGUUGAAUUGUUGUGACUUGCAUUGUAAUGCAUUAAAUUCUUUAAGCACUUAUAAUUUUGGUUUUGAUAAGUACCUGUUAAAACCUAAAAACCAGAAAAAUACAGUUUAUUAAAAACA